AUGCGUCGGAACGAGGUCGGCAGGUAUGAGGUCUCCCUGCCGUUUAAGGGGGAUCCGCGCGAGUUGGGGGAGUCGUUCGGUGCGGCCUAUGGGCGACUGCGAUCAUUGGAGCGACGAUUUAGGAGGAACAAGGAGCUAUACGCGAGCUACGUACAGUUUAUGAGAGACUACGAGAGCGCAGGCCACAUGUCACUGGUGGAUGGUGGGCCGGCGGAACCGGUGGGAAACUUGCUGCCUCAUCACGGUGUAUGCAGGGGCCCGGAAGGAUACGUCAAACUGAGAGUGGUAUUCGACGCUUCUUGCGAGACAUCGUCGGGGAAAUCGCUGAACGACAUUUUGAUGGUCGGACCCGCGAUUCAACAGGAGUUGGUGAGCAUCGUCGCCCGCUUCCGGCAGCACCCAUAUGUUUUAACGGCCGACAUAUCUCAGAUGUAUCGACAGAUCUUGUUGAGAACCGAGGAUCGACGAUGGCAGAGAAUUCUGUGGCGCGAGCGUUCAGAGGAGCCCGCAAGAGUUUAUGAACUCAACACGGUUACGUACGGAACGGCUGCGGCAUCAUUUUUGGCCAUCAGAUGUCUUCAUCAGCUUGCGGAUGAAAACCAGGCCCGCGCCGGGGCAUCGAUUGUCUUGAAGAGAGAUUUUUACGUUGACGACAUGCUUACUGGCGCCGCCACCAUAGGUGAGCUUCGUCAGAUUAAGAGAGAAAUCAUCUCGAUCCUGUCGUCGGCUGGAAUGAGGCUGCACAAAUGGCCAUCGAACGUGUCGGACAUUGUGGCUCGGGUCGAUACGCCGAAUAGAAUGCUGGCUUCGGAGGAAGUGAAGACCCUGGGCCUGUUGUGGGAUCCAGGGUGUGAUGAGUUUGUCUACCAGAUCAAUCUCCCCGCCGAGGAGGCGAUGUCAAAACGAAAACUGCUAUCCAUGAUAGCACACAUUUACGAUCCUCUUGGGCUCAUCAGCCCGGUAACCUUGAAGGCCAAGAUGCUCAUGCAGACGUUAUGGAAACUGAAGAUCGAGUGGGAUAGCCAAUUACCUGAUCACAUUCAGCAGCAGUGGCGUCAUUAUAGACGCCAGCUCACCGACAUGCCGAGGAUUCGCGUUCCUCGAUGCUUGGCUGGAGAUUCGCGUGGACGGAUGGAGCUGCACGGGUUUUGCGACGCCUCUCAGAAGGCUUAUGGAGCAGCUGUUUACGUAUGUCAUGUGGAUUCCGAGGGAAUCCGGCAUGUAAACCUGCUUUGUUCUAAAUCCCGCAUCGCGCCCCCUGCUGCGACAUCCAUUCCUCGCUUGGAGUUGUGUGGCGCGGUACUUCUAGCCAAUCUGGUGAGCAAAAUGAUACAGGCCUGGACCGUUCGGUUUCACGAAGUGGUAUACUGGACUGAUUCCACCAUAGUCCUUCAUUGGAUAAACAAGGAGUCCACACACUGGAAGGUUUUUGUCGGCAACCGCGUUGCGGAGAUCCAGACUCUUUCCGAACGCAACCAGUGGAGACAUGUCGACACCUCCAGCAAUCCCGCUGACAUGAUAACAAGAGGAAUCGAGCCCGAGAGUUUGGCAUCAUCCUCGCUCUAG